AUGAGAAGGCCGGCCGUGUUCGUGAGGCAGGCGGCGCCGGCGGCAUUGGCCAUCUUGUUUGGAGCGCUUCUUCUGAUGUCGUUCGUCAUGGACGACGUCAAGAGAGCGGCUCUGCCGGCGGCGAUCGACGGGAGGAGGAUGCUGGGCAGAGGCGCUGGAGGGCAGAGGACUCUGGAGGAUUUCAAGGCUGAUAACCCCUUCCAGGACAGCAAGAGAAGGGUGCCCAAUGGUCCUGAUCCUAUCCACAACAGGCUUGCGUCAUGGGAAGGGAACGCUCUUGUUUCACCAGUUUCUGUCUGCUGGCAUGUAGUCUAA